GUUGACAUCAUUGCUUGGCUUGAUUUGCUCUGCGCACGGCGCAUAGCAGAUUUGUCAUCCAUAAAGAAUAAGAUAAAAGUCCAAAAUACGUUGUUGUAGUGCAGAAGAAGAAUAUCAUACAUUGAUAAAUUCUGUGUAACAUACAGUGCGAGUUAUUAAGUGUCGUUGUGUCCUCUUGUUACUUUGGCUACGUAUGUUCAGUUUAAAUCAGUGCUAAAAGUAAAAAUGAAUAACAUCGCCAGAACACCGAAGACAACACCAAUAACCGAUGAUUAUGAUAUCUCAAAUACAGUCCUUGGUCUUGGGAUUAAUGGGAAGGUGGUCGAAUGCAAAGAGAAAAGAACUGGAGUUAAACGUGCAUUAAAGGUCUUACACGACAGCGCGAAAGCUAGACGAGAAGUGGAACUGCAUUGGAGAGCGAGCGGCUGCAUACAUAUCGUUGAAAUUAUAGAUGUGUACGACAAUACAUACGCUGGUAAGAGAUGUCUGCUCGUUGUGAUGGAGUGUAUGGAUGGAGGAGAACUGUUCCAGAGGAUCCAGGAUAACAGGGAGGGAGCGUUCACUGAGAGACAAGCAGCUGAGAUAAUGCACUCUAUAUGUGUCGCGGUGCGUCACCUCCACGACUCUGACAUCGCUCACAGAGACAUCAAGCCUGAGAACUUGCUCUACACCAGUAUGGAGCCAAACGCUAUACUGAAACUUACGGACUUUGGAUUCGCGAAGGAGACCCUGUCACAGACGGAUACAUUGCAAACGCCUUGUUAUACGCCGUAUUACGUCGCUCCUGAGGUCCUGGGUCCAGAGAAAUAUGACAAGUCCUGUGACAUCUGGUCCCUGGGCGUUGUUAUGUACAUCCUGUUGUGUGGAUUCCCUCCAUUCUACUCUAACCACGGCCUCGCCAUAUCACCGGGAAUGAAAAAGCGAAUCCGUCUCGGUCAAUACGAUUUUCCAGAGCCGGAGUGGUCGAAUGUAUCCGCAGAGGCCAAGAAUCUGAUCCGCGGUAUGCUGUCCGUUGACCCCGCCAAGCGACUCACGAUACACCAGGUGAUGUCAAGCCCGUGGGUGCGACAAUACACGCAGGUCCCGCAGACGCCGCUGUACACGCACGCGCUGCUGCGUGACGCGGGCGAGGCGUGGGCAGACGUGCAGGACGAGAUGACGCGCUCCCUCGCCACCAUGCGUGUGGAUUACGACCAGGUACAAAUCAAAGCAUUGGAACAGAGCAACAAUUCCCUUUUAAAUAAGAGACGGAACAAAGUGGGCGCCUGAGUGUCGGACGAGGGCGGGGCUUGAGCCUCCCCCACACACGCCCCCCACACGCCCUAGACUGACGUCAAACUAAAACAUCACAAUAUGUUUACAAUUAACAUAAUUAAUUUUACAAAUACCUACCCUUUUUUGGUUGUAUUAGCUUUUUUAUGACCUGUAAAGAAAUUACAUACUUUUUUGUAUAAAUUUAUCCUGCAGCUUUACAUCAUUAUUUUAUAUGUUUCAUUAUCAAAAUUUACUAAUCGUUG